GUAGACAGUUCACGUGCUACUGCACCUUUAACCGCUUCUUGCUUCAUGACCGGUUUCGUUGAUGUAGUCUCCUUUUCUGCGAUCUUCGUAUGGUGUGCGUUCCAGACAGGAAAUAGCCUCCAGCUCGCCCUUGCCUUAGCACGUUUCUUCAAUAGUUCACACAACUACUCUUUCUACCUCUCAGACCGUCAAGCCCUCUGCUCCACGCUCUCCUUCAUCUUCGGUGCUUUUCUCGGCCGGCUUGGCGAUAAGAUCGGCUGCAGGACGCGUCUAUGGGUGACUCUCGGCACGUUCAUCCAGACAAUGUUCACCAUGGCAGCGGCCAUCGCCAUUUGGAAGUCUGGACAACCGAGUAUUUCAGAUUCCCGUGCUGUCUCGGCAUGGAGCAACACGCCCUCAUUUGGCCUACAGGGAAUCAUGGGGAAAAGAUCAAAUACCGAAUUCGCAACUACCAUACAGGCACGCGACCAUAAGGCUAUGGCCAUCCUCUCCCUCUUCAUCGGGGCCUUCAUGGGACGUGCCAUCCUUGAUAAGAUCGGAUCAGCAGGGACCCUGGUUGUCGGCGCCGGUAUCCGUUUCCUCAUCACCCUGUCGUGGCUCUUCGUGCCUUUGAGGAAAGCUGGCUGGAAUUAGCCGUGUGGUAUAUAUCUGUGGCACUGGUGGUGAACACGGGGAACGGAGAAACGGAGACCACAAGAAACGACGAUGACGAGUGAUGAACGCCAUGCGGACUAUUUCAACGAUUGUAUAGAUCGUAGAGUGGAAGGAGACGACGCAAGCCUGGCGCUCAGCGGUAAGAUUACUGGGAAUGACGUCCGGAGUCAUCGAACUGUUGACCCACUAAGAGCUGCUCCGCCGCCGUGGCGCACGACUAGCGAGACGACAGAUGCAUGACCUGUAUUUCUGGCAUUUAGAUUCAGUAUCAUUUGAGUCACAUGAGACAUUCGCCUUCAUAGCACUUACACCUUGCCUUGGAUCACACAGGAUUUUAGGGAUUGCUUUUUUUUCUUUUCUAACCACCCCUUUGCUCGAACAUCUACCAAGACACUUGGCACGGUGGCGUCCUUGCAGCCCACAUCCUUGACCAGUGCUUCGUCAAAUAACCUGA